AUGGCGCCUCGCUGGUUUGGGAAAGUCGGAUUCGGCACCAAGAGGUUGGUGCAGGCUACCCCACCCCCAUCAGCAUCACCAGCACCGUCUCCGCCCCAGUCUGACUCUUCAACGGCAAUCCAAGUGGCAUCUCGGCCAGUCGCCGAUCCAUCUUCUGUGACAGAUUCCGAUAUCUGUUCCCUGCCGAAUCUACAAGAGUGGCUUUGGAACAAGGCUUAUGAUGAGCUUGCAUCGAGCGAGCCUAAGCUGGUCGAAGGAUAUGAGAAGAUUCUAUCAGCUGAACUAUACCGAAGUGGCUCAACUCCUGUCACCACGCAACCGAUGGAAAAUAAGAUAGAGAGAACCCGAAAGGCCAGGUGUCUCCAAAUGCAGCAAUUGGUGCAGGAAGGACUGAAACGGACGGGAAAGGUCGCGUCUUUGAAACGAGGCAUUGACGAAAGCUCACAAGCAGUGGAAGCAGUGAGAGAAGUAGUGAGCAAUGCGGUCCAUGCUGCUUCGGGAGCUGCUAUAGCCUGGUCCGGCGUCUGCCUCGGAUUAGAGAUCCUUUCGAACCCUAUCACUGAGGCGCGUGAUAAUCGUAACGGCAUUACCUACGUCCUGUCGAGAAUGGAGUGGUACUGGAACUUGGUGUCGUUGCUUCUCGACGAGAAUAAGGCUGAACAGUCUGUCGCAGGACUGCGAGCCCGACUAGAGAACCAUAUCGCUCAACUCUAUAAGAAUCUUCUCGCCUACCAGAUGAAGAGUGUAUGUCUUUAUCACCGAAACUGGGCUGUUACUAUCGGAAGAGAUCUCCUCAAAAUCGAUGCUUGGGCUGGUCAUCUCAGUGGGAUACACGAAGCUGAGCUUGCUGUGCAAAGAGAUAUGGAACAAUACAAUACUGAAGAGAGCAAGGUGCGACUUCAAAAUCUCGUCGACUCUGCGAAGGCUACUGAGACAAAUCUGCAAGGCAUCCAUUCAGCAAUCCAGGACCAAACGCGCCAACAAGAGAAGAGAUAUCAAGAUGACAAAGAUGAACAAUGCCUCAGAGAUCUGCGCGAAACUGACCCUCGUGAUGAUAGGACACGCAUCCAGAGCACCAAAGGUGGCCUACUGAGGGACUCUUACCGCUGGAUCCUAGAACAUGAUGACUUCAAAAGAUGGCGUGACGAUUCGCAAUGCCAACUGCUCUGGAUCACGGGCGACCCUGGCAAGGCAAGACGAUGCUUCUAUGCUACUGAAGACCGUUUGAGUAAUGCGACAGCCGUGCUUCGUGGUCUAAUCUACCUCCUUGUUCAACAACAGCCAUCGCUUAUCCCACACAUCCGCCAGAAGUACGACCACGCGGGGAAGCAACUUUUCGAGGAUCUGAAUGCGUGGGAAUCAUUGUCCAAGAUCUUGACCGCUAUGCUCAAUGAUCCAAGCUUAGAGGGUGCCAUCUUAAUUAUAGAUGCACUUGAUGAGUUCGUAACUGGCAAGACAUUGAGGAAAGGCUGGAUCGGACUGAGUCUCGAGUUGAACAAGAACUCAACUUCCAAGGCUGUCGAGACGUACAUUGCAUACAAGGUGGAACAAUUGGCCCGCGACAAGAAUUACGACCAAGAAACAAAACAAGCUGUUGAAAAUCACUUAAUUUCAAAUGCUGACGGCACUUUCCUCUGGGUAGCCUUGGUCUAUCAAGAGCUCGCAGAUCCUAAGGUUAGGAAACGACACACACUCAGCAAGUUGCAGUCGUUCCCUCGGGGGCUUGAUUCGCUAUACGGCCAAAUGAUGGAGCAUGUGCGUGAUUCAGAAGACACUGACCUUUGCAGAGAGGUCUUAGCCAUUGCUUCGACAGUAUAUCGACCCGUUAAACUGGACGAACUAAAAGCUCUGGCACAGUCGCUUACAGACAUGGACAAGGAAGAGAUCAAAGAAGUUGUUGGCGCCUGUGGUUCUUUCUUGACACUUCGCGAGGACUUCAUCUACUUCGUGCACCAAUCUGCGAAGGAUUACCUACUUAAAAAGGCUUUUAGCUACAUCCUACCUCCCGGCACCGCGCAUCAGCAUCGAGCUAUGCUUUUGAACUCACUGCAAUGUCUAUCAGAAACUCUUCAGCGAGAUAUUUAUGGGGUAAAGGCUCCAGGACUUUUCAUCGACGAAAUAUCAAUACCCGAUCCCGAUCCAUUGUCUGCGGUUCGGUAUUCUUGUAUAUACUGGGUUGACCAUCUCGAUGAAUCAGAAUUCGACACAGAGGUGGGAAAAACCGCCCUAAGCGAUGGGGGUGCAGUUCACGAAUUCUUUAAAACUAAGUACCUUUAUUGGUUGGAGGCUCUCGGUCUCUUACGCAUCAUAGUGGAAGGGAUUUUGGCAAUGGAGAAACUUGAACGUUUCAUGGUGAAAAUCGGGUCUAAUAAACUGAAAUUGACGAUUCGGGAUGCUCGCCGCUUCAUUCUCUCCAAUAGGCGAGUAAUAGAGAUUGCUCCAUUACAAGCCUAUGUGUCAGCUCUCGUGUUUAGUCCUACCAAAAGCCUAGUCAGGGAAUUCUUCAAAAAGGAAGAGCCGAGCUGGAUUAGGCUAGCCCCUAAGUUUGAGUCAGACUGGGAUUCAUGCGUCCAAACGCUUGAGGACCAUUCGCAAGAGGUGAGGUCCCUCGCCGUGUCGCCAGAUGGGCAUCGCCUUGCCUCUAGCUCCUAUCACAAUGAAGUCAAGGUCUGGGAUAUAGCAACGGGAGUAUGCGUAAAGACCUUUGCGGAUCAUGAUGAGCUGCAGAGGGUCGCGAUCGCCUUCAUAGACAGCCAGAGGCUCGCCUGCGCCUCUCAGAACAAAGCAAUCAAGAUCAUGGAUAUAGCAACAGGGUUAUGCGUGCAAACACUAGAAGCGAGUGGCUAUGCAUAUUCUGUGGCCACUUCAGGUACACAAUACCUCGCGACCUGCUCUGACGACGAUAGCAAGAUCUUCGACAUAGCGACAGGUGCAUGCCUGCAAACACUUGUCGGUCAUGAAGGACGGAUGUACUCGGUGGCAUUUCUGAAUAGCCAACAACUCGCCUCAGGCUCUCGCGAUCGAACAAUCAAGAUCUGGGAUAUAAGCACAGGGUCAUGCGUGCAAACGCUUGAAGGGCAUAGCGAUGAAGUGACGGCCGUGGCUGUCUUAGAUGACCGAAGGCUCGCCUCGGGCUCCGCUGACAAGACCAUCAAAAUGUGGGAUAUACCAACAGGCACAUGCCUGCAAACACUUGAAGGCCACACUCAAUUGAUAUACUCAGUGGCGUUCUCGGCGGACAGUCAGCGACUCGCAUCAGGUUCAGCAGAUGGUAUGGUCAAGGUCUGGGAUAUACUAACUGCAACAUGUAUGGAGACUUUUGGUGUCCAUGGUAAUAUGGAUCUAGGAACUAGCUCAUAUGCGCAAAUUCCCCAUGGCUAUGGAUUUGAGGUAACGUCAGUAGUGUUCACAACAGAUUUCCGGUGGCUUGUCGCCGGUUCGAAGGACAGAAAGGCGAGGAUAUGGGAUGCGACAACGGGGGAAUGCGUAAGGACGUUUGAAGGCCACCAUGAUUCAGUGUUGUAUGUGGCCAUCUCAUCGAACAGUCGGUUGCUCGCCUCAGCUUCCAGAGACAAGACGAUCAAGAUCUGGGAUACAACAACAGGAACGUGUUUUCAGACACUAAAAGGUCAUAUAGGUUUAGUUGCAUCUGUUUCCAUCUCAACAGAUGGCCAAUGGCUUGCCUCCGGCUCGGUUAAUUGUACAGUUAGGGUGUGGGACAUGAAGACAGGCCAAUGUGUGCACACACUUGAGGGCCAUACUAGUCGGGUGAGCUCGGUAGUCUUCUCGCCAGAUGGCCAUCAGCUCAUCUCGGGUUCAUACGUUUCCACGUUUAGGCUUUGGGAGGUACCAACUGGUAAAUGCCUGCAGGUCUUUGAGGGGCCUGAUUUCUUUCCGCACUUGGCAGCCUUCUCGGCAGAUAACGAGUACCUCGCCAUGGUCACUCAUGAUAGCGGAUUGGAGGGUGAUACGAUUAAAGUCUGGCAUACGGCGACUAGAACUUGUAUACAGACCCUCAAGGUCGACGCUCGGAUUACCCAAGUUUCGUUCGACUCUACGACAAGCUCUCUGCUCUCUACCAAUAUGGGAUUUCUAAGUUUGGAUCUACAGAGUCUACCACCUUCGAUUGGAAAUAGGUCAACCACUACUGGUAUUCAAGAAGCUAAACACUUCGGCAAUAGGAUACGCGUCGAUCGUGAAUGGAUUAUGAAAGGUCAACAGGAGAGGUUGCUUUGGCUACCUGCGGAGUAUCGCGCAUGCUCAUCGGCUGUGGCAAGGUCAACAAUAGCUCUUGGUUGCCUCUCAGGUCGUGUACUCUUCUUAAGCUUCUCUUGA